AUGCAAAGGACGCCGGCCCGCCGUGUAAGACGCGGCUCCACCUCGACGGGGGACAUAAGGGACCCCGUCGCCGCCGACCCUCUGAGCGUCAUGUGCGGCCCCUUCAAGGGCCUCAAGGGCAUUUUGCGCCUCCUGGAGAUCAUCCUCAGCGCCUUGACCUGGGUCAUCGUCCUCUGCCGAGGCCCCAUGGCGAGCCCGUGGGGCGUCUGGUGCCUGUUCGUCUGGUUCUUCUGCACCGCGGUGCCGGCGGCCCUGACGCUGGUCGAGGCCCUGUCGCUGCAGGUGCUGCUGGCCGCCUUCCUCCCCGACUGGGCCGACCUGGUGUGCGGGCUCACCCUCCUGUGCGCCGCCAUGGUCGCCUCGGCCACCGCCGUCUUCGCCGCCGUCUUCGUCUGCCUCUCCUGCGUGGUCAACAUCCUGUGCUUCCUCACGUCCCUGGCGGCCACGGGCGCCUUCGCGGUCGACGGCGCCGUGCGCUUGAAGGCGCGUCCGGUCGGCUACCUGACCGGGCUGCGGGGGGGGCUGCGCAUGGCGGAGGCCUUCACGGCGUGCAUCAUUCUCACCGCCGCCGCCGACCACUCGGUGAGCGGCGGGUACCCCCACUACCCCGCCGGGAUGACGUGCGCCGCCAUGGCCUUCGCCGUCUGCCUCCUGGGGAGCGUGGCGGUCGUGGUCCUGCACCUCCUCAAGCUGCUGCGGUGCCUGGUCGCGUUCCAGCUGGGCCUGGUGGAGGUGGCGUUCAACGCGGUGGCCGUGCUGCUCUACCUGCUGGCCGUCCUCCUCUGGUGCCUCUUCGGCUACGGGCGCCGCGACUACGGCCCGUACGCCUGCGCCGGGUGCUCUUUGAUGGACGUGAACGUCGUCGCCGUCGGCGCGGCGGUGAACGUCGCCCUGUACAUCGUGGACCUGGUCUUGACCAUCAAGUCUCGCUAG